AUGUACUCUGGAAAUCUCCUCCUAUUCCUCCUCGGCACAACAAUCUCCCUGCUCCAGACCGCCACUGCCCUAUCCUUCCCCCAGAUCAGCCUUGGCUACGCCACCCAUGCCCCAACUUUCAUCAACACCACCGAGUCUGGCACAAAAGUUGGCCUAUACAACAAUAUCCGCUUCGCACAGCCACCAACGGGGAACCUCCGCUUCCGCAAACCAGUCACGCCCCCACUCCCCGAAGGCGGCAUUCAAGAUGGUAGAGACCGACUCUCCACCAGCGACUGCGUCAGCUCUGUGAACGCGCAAGCCCCAUUUCCGGACAUAAACGGUACCGCCUGGGGACAGGAGGAUUGUCUGUUCCUGAAUGUGUGGGUGCCAGAGGGUGUGCGGGAGGGGGAUAACGUGCCCGUUUUGCAUUGGUUGCAUGGAAGUGCGUGGGCGUUUGGAAGUAAGGAUAUGUUUGGGGAUGCGUUUGGCUUGAUGGAUUUGAUUGAGGAGAAAGAGGAUAAGUUUAUCUUCGUUGCUAGUAACUAUCGGUUGGUUUUCCGUCCCAUACUAAGCGAGAGGAAUGUUGCUGAAUUUGAUGACAGAAUGGGUGUGUAUGGGUGGGUUUCCUCUUCAGAUGAGGAUAUGGAUGCUAAUGUAGGGCUUCACGAUAGCGUUGCUGCGUUGGAGUGGACGAAGAAGUAUAUCUCGCGUUUUGGGGGUGAUCCAGACAGCAUCACGGCUAUGGGGCAGAGUGCGGGUGCGGCUAUGAUUUCCAUGAUGAUGGUGGCGAAUGGGGGAAACGGGACUCUUCCGUUUCAGAAGGUAUUCCUGUCAUCUCCGGGCCUAAUGCCGAGAAGGAAUGUUACGGGGCGUCGCCAGGAGGUCUACGAUCAGGUUCUUAAAGCUGCGAACUGUGCAACACUGGCUUGCCUCAGGGAAGCAUCGCCGGCUGCACUAGCUGCUACAAAUAAGAAAGUCCUAGACCUCCCCGGUGGCUCGGGAGGAGGCUCCUUGGGUCCUGGUAUAGGUAUUGGUCCACUCCCGGACGGGAAGCAUUUAUCCGACGCAGUCCCCAUCCUACUACAACAAGGCCAUUUCAACAAAGGGGUCAAGGCAGUGGUUUCCGGAAAUAUGGCGGCAGAGGGGACGGGAAUUACUCCGGAUGUCAGUACGCCUGAAGACUUCGCUAGACUGAUCCGACUGCUGGUUCCAGGAGCUAAUAAUGGUACCAUUCAACGCAUUCGUGAUAUGUAUCCAUACCCAGACUCCCAGCUGCAAAGGGCCGCGGAUGCUUGGACAACCGAUGUCGUAUUUGCUUGUAACGCGAGAGCUGUGGCGAAAGUGUACGGGAACAAGACCCAGCGGUAUGUGUUUUCAGUGCCGCCGGCUAGGCAUGGACAGGAUUUACUCUACUACUUCUACAGGGAGGAUACCAAGCUACCGGUUACGAACGUCUCUCUUGCAAGAGAAUUCCAAGCGGAGAUCCUUGAAUUCUCCACAGGAAAAGAUAGGAAUGACACAGAUUGGCCAUUGUAUAUCCCAGGAACAAAGAUGGUCAACGUCACAGCUGCUGGGAUUGAACAAAGCGUUGACCUUUGGGCGAGGCAGCCUAACUGCGAUAUCAUAUUGAAGACUAUCACGGAUAAGAGGAACGGGGCGUGA